AUGCGCUGCUCUGCAUGCUGCGAGCAAGAAGAGUACCUGGAGACGAUUCAGGUGAGUGCACUGCCAGAAGCCAGUUCCGAGAUAGAAAAGGCAUGCUCGGAAAGUCUGUCCGAGUCCGCCAAGAAGCAUGGAAAUAUCCUGAUCGCAGACGAUGAGCUGGUUCGGGGCAUCUCAAUCCAUGCAACUUUGCACGGCGGCGGCUGUUUGUGGCAAAAGUCCCCCUGUGACAUGAGUGAGGCUGAGAAAGUUAGUCUCUGGGAGAAAUCGAGGCGUGUUGACGAGCUGGACAUGUUUCUUUCGCAUGCUUGGGCCAGCUCUGGCAAAGUCAAGUUUUUGGCUCUGCUGUUAUACACUGGCAGCGGGUACUCUUUUCUGUUCUGGGCUACUGCGCUGAUGAGUGCGUGCGGCCUAUGCGCGUUUGAAGUGCUGCCAAUGCCAUUCGUUCUGUCCUUGGACACACUCGAAUUUUCCGGCAACUGCCCGCUCGGAGUGUGGAUGCUUACUUCUAGCUUCAUUGCGCACCUUGCUGGCCUGGCUUUGAGCCCCUACCUGCCUCAUAGAAAGUGCGACUGCUUCUUGGACGUGGUGUGCAUCAAUCAGCAUGAUCCUCACCUCUUGCACCGCGGGAUUUAUGCGCUCGGCGGGUUUUUGAGCCGGUCCAAGGAGCUGCGGAUUAUCUGGAGCCCGCCUCUCUUCACUAGACUUUGGUGCAUAUUUGAGCUGGCCGCAUUCCGCGCCGCCAAUCCAGCAGGCAAGAUUCGGUUGAUGCCUCACUAUUCGGUGGCGCUGGGUUUUCUUGGAAUCUUUGCAGUGGCGAUCCUCGCGAUGGGUUUAUGGAGCGCGCAGGCGCUGAAAGUUAGAAUCGAAUUCGGUUGGGCUCAAUUCCUUUUCAUGCUUGCCACUGCACUUGUACCUUCGCAUCUUGGAAGGCGGGCGUGCUUGCAAAAGCAAAGUCUCAUUGAGCAGUUGGAAAGUUUCACCCUGGAUGGCGCGGGGUGCCGGUUGGACAGUGACCGGAGAUUUAUUUACGAGGCAGUGAAGCAGUGGUAUGGUGGCCUGGAUGAGUUCAUUGGCUUUGUCCGAGGCCCGUUGCGACAGCAGCUUCUCCAAUGCUGCUCCCAGAUCCCGAUCGACUUGCUUUUGGUUCUGGUCUUGCCCCUCAUAGCCUACAAAGCCGAGAUCUUGCUGGCCAUGUGGAAGGGAGGUGUGCCGGGCAACAUGUUGAUCGCAUUCUUUUGCAGCUCGCUUCUGGGCCUGAGCGGCCUUUGGACCGCCUUCUUAUCCAGUGUGGGGCUUUACAUGGUUGACCGCCUCGCAAAACCUUGGUCAGGAAUCCUGGACUACGUCCAGUCAUUUGCUAUCGCUGCUCUGUUUUCUCUCCUGUACUUUUUCGGGUAUGUGCUCGAUAUACAGGCACGCCAGGGCAAUGCGGUGAUGACAGCUACUUGGGCAAGUGCGCUGUGCCUGAGCGCGGCUUGGUUCUACUGGAGUGCACUCGCUGGGUGGGUGAUAGAGCCCUUUGUCGGGCUGCCCCAGUACCGAAUGCCCUGCCCGAAGCGCAAGCGGCAAACCGAGAGGUGA